CACACAGGCGAACGAGCCGGCCGGGCAAAGAAGCUGGGCUGCUCUUCGUCUUCGCCUCGGAGCCUCCAUGCCUCGGCAUUGCCCCGCUGCCCUCCCGUCGCGCCAGGAGUGGUAGCCAUGGCCGCUGUGGCGGUCCUCCGGAACGACUCCCUGCAGGCUUUCCUCCAGGACCGUACCCCAAGCGCUUCUCCGGAGUUGGUCAAACACUCGCCGCUGGCGCUCCUGGCGGCCACCUGUAGCCGAAUCGGACAGCCGGGUGCGGCCGCCCCUCCGGACUUCCUACAGGUCUCCUACGACCCGACUCUGGGCUCACCCUCCAGGAUUUUCCACCCGUGGACUACCGACAUGCCAGCUCACUCGCCAGGAGGCCUACCUCCUCCCCACCCCAGCCUGGGGUUGACGCCCCAGAAGAACCACCUGCAGCCCUCUUUCGGGGCGGCCCACGAACUUCCCCUCACCCCACCGGCAGACCCCUCCUACCCUUACGAAUUUUCACCGGUCAAGAUGCUACCCUCCUCCAUGGCAGCCCUGCCGGCCAGUUGCCCCCCAGCCUAUGUGCCCUACGCCGCCCAGGCCGCCCUGCCACCUGGCUACUCCAAUCUGCUGCCCCCGCCCCCGCCUCCGCCACCUCCUCCGCCUCCCCCACCGCCGCCGCCUCCCCCGCCGCCCUGCCGCCAGCUCUCCCCUAACCCUGUCCCGGAGGACAUUCCGUGGUGGAGCAUCCCGCAGGCCGGGGCCGGGGCAGGAGGCCCAGGCGUGCCCGGGGGCGGCGUCCCAGGAGGCUGCAGCGGGGGCCACCCGGGUCACCACGCCCCGCGCUUCCCUGCAACGGCCACUGCUGCGGCCGCGGCGGCCGCCGCCUUGCAGCGCAGCCUGGUGCUGGGCCACUCGGACUUUGCCCAGUACCAGAGCCAGAUCGCCGCCCUGCUACAGACCAAGUCCCCCCUGGCGGCCACGGCCAGGAGGUGCCGCCGCUGCCGCUGCCCCAAUUGCCAGGCAGCGAGUGGAGCCCCCGAGGCGGAGCCCGGCAAAAAGAAGCAGCACGUCUGCCACGUCCCCGGCUGCGGCAAGGUGUACGGCAAGACGUCGCACCUGAAGGCGCACCUGCGCUGGCACACGGGCGAGCGGCCCUUCGUCUGCAACUGGCUCUUCUGCGGCAAGAGCUUUACGCGCUCGGACGAGCUGCAGCGGCACCUGCGGACUCACACGGGCGAGAAGCGCUUCGCCUGUCCGGAGUGUGGCAAGCGGUUCAUGAGGAGCGACCACCUGGCCAAGCACGUGAAGACGCACCAGAACAAGAAGCUCAAGGCGGGAGAGGCCGGGGUCAAGCGGGAAGACACCCGGGAUCUCUGAACGUCCCCACCACAACCGUCCCUGACUCAUGCCACUGCGCCCUCCCCGCCAUCGUCCCGGGGCCUGAGAGGCCCCGGGAGCCGCUUGCACCAAC